UGGAGCGGCGCCUCGAGGACGCCCCACGGAUCCUGCCUCAUUGAAUAUUCAUGAGGGAGGCGGGUUGACGCCGCUUCCAGCCGCGACCGGCGCCAUGAAGCUCAACGUGGACGGGCUGCUGGUCUACUUCCCGUACGACUACAUCUACCCGGAGCAGUUCUCCUACAUGCUGGAGCUCAAGCGCACGCUCGACGCCAAGGGUCAUGGAGUUCUGGAGAUGCCCUCAGGAACUGGGAAGACAGUGUCCCUGUUGGCCCUGAUCAUGGCAUAUCAGCGGGCGUAUCCGCUGGAGGUGACUAAACUCAUCUAUUGCUCCAGGACAGUGCCUGAGAUUGAGAAGGUGAUUGAGGAGCUUCGGAAGUUGCUCAACUUCUAUGAGAAGCAGGAGGGUGAGAAGCUGCCGUUCUUGGGGCUGGCGCUGAGCUCUCGGAAGAACCUGUGCAUCCAUCCUGAGGUAACACCCCUGCGCUUUGGGAAGGAUGUCGAUGGGAAAUGCCACAGCCUCACAGCCUCCUACGUGCGGGCGCAGUACCAGCGGGACCCCAGCCUGCCCCACUGCCGCUUUUACGAGGAAUUUGACAUUCAUGGGCGCCAGGUGCCCCUCCCCGCUGGCAUCUACAACCUGGAUGACCUGAAGGCCGUGGGGCGGCGCCAGGGCUGGUGCCCAUACUUCCUUGCCCGGUACUCGCGCCUGGCCGUGCCCGCCGGCCCCUGCCUCUCCCGAGCCCCCGUUCUCUGCCUGACCCGCCUCCAGGGACACCAGCCCUGUCCCGAUGUCCCCUCAGGUGUCACCCGCUCUUCCUACACCCCGUCUCCCUGCAGGAUCAAGGAGACGGAUGAGCAGCGCCUGCGUGAGGAGUACCGCCGCCUCGUGGAGGGGCUGCGGGAGGCCAGUGUCGCCCGGGAAACGGACGCCCACCUGGCCAACCCCGUGCUGCCCGACGAGGUGCUGCAGGAGGCGGUGCCGGGCUCCAUCCGCACGGCCGAGCACUUCCUGGGCUUCCUGCGGCGGCUGCUGGAAUACGUCAAGUGGCGGCUGCGCGUGCAGCAUGUGGUGCAGGAGAGCCCCCCCGCCUUCCUGAGUGGCCUGGCCCAGCGCGUGUGCAUCCAGCGCAAACCCCUCAGGUUCUGUGCUGAACGCCUCCGCUCCCUCCUGCACACCUUGGAGAUCGCGGACCUCGCGGACUUCUCCCCGCUCACGCUCCUGGCUAACUUUGCCACCCUAGUCAGCACCUACGCAAAGGGUUUCACCAUCAUCAUCGAGCCCUUUGACGACAGGACCCCAACCAUUGCCAACCCCAUCCUGCACUUCAGCUGCAUGGACGCCUCGCUGGCCAUCAAACCCGUCUUCGAGCGCUUCCAGUCUGUCAUCAUCACAUCUGGGACGCUGUCCCCACUGGACAUCUACCCCAAGAUCCUGGACUUCCACCCUGUCACCAUGGCAACCUUCACCAUGACACUGGCCCGAGUCUGCCUGUGCCCCAUGGUACGUGGGAGAGGGGUGGGUGACUUUCCUCCCUCUGCUCCCUCCGCUGAUCAGGCAGGAGAGCUGUACAGCUCAGGGCACAGAUCCUGGGUUCAGACAGACCGGGGCAGUCCCUGUGGGCCUGCUCUCCCAGUCUCCGCUUUCUCAUCUGUAAAUAGGAAUGCCUCCUUCGUGAUCUCCAAGGCGGUGGAGGGGAGAGUGAGCUCUGGGUGUUCUGUUUUUCCCACAUGGAAAUCCGGCUGCCCCAGCUCCUCCCCUCUGAGGGUUCCAGGUGACCAUCUGUGGGGGGAUGUUUCUCAGCCCUCUGUCCUGUCCCCUUGUCUCUGUGUCUGUCCUGGCCACAGGUCUCUAUUACAAUGUCUGUCACAUGUGAAAUCGUGUCUCCACAGUCAGUGGCUGGGCGGGGAGGGUCCCGACUGGCUGUCUUGGGCCACAUGCCUGCCCCACUUGUCCAAAAGUUGGGUGUGGGGACGGUUCCCUGCCAGGAUCACAGGUUUCCUGAAAGGAGGCCGCGGUGCCACCGCCCUCCCUGCUGGGUCUCCGCGGGGGAGAGAAGUGGUCUGUAGCCCGGGAAGCCCGGGCAGAGCCGAGCUUAGCAGGGACGCCCGAGAGCGUGACCCUCCUGCCGGCCGCACUGACCCGCGUGUCCUUCAGGGCAUCCUCGAGAACAUCCAGAGGAACAAGCUGCUCUUCAUUGAGACCCAAGACGGGGCUGAGACCAGUGUGGCCCUGGAGAAGUACCAGGAGGCCUGCGAGAACGGCCGUGGGGCCAUCCUGCUCUCAGUGGCUCGAGGCAAAGUGUCCGAGGGAAUCGACUUUGUGCACCACUUCGGGCGGGCCGUCAUCAUGUUUGGCGUCCCCUACGUCUACACGCAGAGCCGCAUCCUCAAGGCGCGGCUGGAGUACCUGCGGGACCAGUUCCAGAUCCGAGAGAACGACUUCCUCACCUUCGACGCCAUGCGCCACGCGGCCCAGUGUGUGGGUCGGGCCAUCAGGGGCAAGACCGACUACGGCCUCAUGGUCUUCGCUGACAAGCGGUUUGCCCGGGCGGACAAGCGGGGGAAGCUGCCUCGCUGGAUCCAGGAGCACCUCACGGACGCCAACCUCAACCUGACCGUGGACGAGGGGGUCCAGGUGGCCAAGUACUUCCUGAGGCAGAUGGCACAGCCGUUCCACAGGGAGGAUCAGCUGGGCCUGUCCCUGCUUAGCCUGGAGCAGCUGGAGUCGGAGGAGACGCUGCGGAGGAUCGAGCAGAUUGCACAGCAGCUGUAGCGCGAGGUGGGGCAGGGCCAUAAAAGGAGUUCCUGCGAA